CAACACAUACUCUCUCUCAGCGCACUGCUUCAGUGCCAAUACUACUACCACAAUGUCAAGGCAUCGCUUCGUGCGUAACCUCGACCUCGACGCUGAACUGGCCGAUGACAACCCGGACGAUGACUACUACGACGAGGACGGCUACGAGGGAGAAGGAGGCCAGAGCGGCGGCGGUGGCGACUACGAUGACGAGGAAGAUGAUAUGUCUCCAGAGGAGCAGGCCCAGAUGAUCUCGGCGCUGCCCAUCGUCCGUGCCCGCUUGAAGGAGGCCAAGGUGCCAGUGACCGACGCCGAGAUUCAGGACUCUCUUUGGCACUACUGGUUCGACAUUGACAAGACUGUCAGCUGGCUGACGAAGGAGUGGGAGAAGAAAGGCGAACCUGGACCGCCAGCUGAACUUCAACCUACACCUGAACAGCAACCUCGCCCUCGACCACGGCGGCGGCGUGCAGGAGCAGCCCCCGCCGCGGCUGCACCCGCCAAGCCGGCUGCCCCUGCGGCCCCCUCGCCACCGCUCACGGCCCUUCAACGCCUUUCGCUGGCUCGUAAGCAGGCGGCAGGAUCUGCCGCUUCCUCUGCACCACCUCCGCGACCUUCCUCGACCGCACCCCCAUCAGGAUCAAACACGCCACCUCUCCAGCCUGACGCGUCUGGGAAGCCCCUAUCCAAGUUGGCCCUCCUGGCGCAGAAGCGCCGCGAGGCCGCUUCAAAGGGGGCCUCGACAGAACAGCCUCCAUCGGCGACCGCCACAUCUCCUCCCGAGCCCUCUCCAUCGCCUGCACCUCCACCCGGUCUCGCCUCACCCACACCUGUGAAGCCAUUGUCCAAGCUUGCCCAGAAGAUGGCCGCGGCGCGAGCCGCGCGAGCGGAUUCUGCCUCUGCAGAGCAGUCGUUGUCGCAGUCGGCGCCGUCCUCCUCCAUGCCCACGCCCGCCAUCAAUGUGCCAGGACCUCAAGCGGAGCCAGAAGACGAGCUGUGGUCGUUCGCCCCGUCUACUUCAGCGCCUGCUCCAGCAUCGGUCUUCUUCAGCAUCCUCACGACCCACGCUCCGGACGCUGUGCCACCAAAACAGCCGUCAUUGGCCAACAUGCACAUUGCGGUCCGCGGCGACCCUUCCGUGGCAGAGCGUCGCGUCCGCGAGGCUUUCAGUCCAGGUGUGGAGAGUCCGGAUGACAUUGUCCUCCGCAUGCGCGAUGGCCGAGCUGGAACCGGCGCUGCAGCGACACCAGCAGAUCCAAAGUCGGCCAAGGUUGAGGUUGUCCGAGCUGCCAAGACUGCUCCGGCUCUUGAGCCAGUUAGCGAAGUAGCAGCCAAGGCUGCGGAGGUCGAGUCCACCGUCAAGGCUUCUUCAGGUCGCUCCCGAGGCAAGGCUACGGAUUCGACAAAGGCGAAGCGUCCAGAUGCGUCGACCAAGGGCAGCGUGGCUGCAGGCAAGGAGGCCCCUGCCAAACUGCCUCCGUCCUCCGCCAAUGCAUCGAAGUCUGCAUCAAAGCCUACAUCAAAGCCUGCAUCAAGGCCACCUCCUGCGGCCACGGCUGCUGGCAGCCAGAACGCGACUGGAGACAAGUCGAGUGGGGAUGGAAAGAAGAAGCCGACGGCCAAGCCCUCGGAUCCGAAAAGUAACAAAUCGAAGCCGACGAAGGGCGGUCAACCCUCCAAACCUUUGGCAGGACAGUAGCGAUAACCUCGAGUCAAGAUGUCAUCAGAUGUCUCGUGGGCCUAAAAGCCAAGACCUGAUGCGCGCUCGCUCUCCUUUCUCUCCCUAUCACCUCACUCUAUACAUAGGCCUGUUGACGGCUGCUAACUCUCAUCAGUUGCUGCCAAGAAGAAGGCGGCGGCAUCCAAGACAGCAACACCCAAGACAGGCACACCAACGCCCGGCAGUAAGGCCAGCAGCAAACCAAGUUCCAAAACGGGCUCCGCAGCGUCUACACCGCGCAGGGGUGGCGCGUCAACACCCAUCUCGGUCGCCCAGCAGGACCUCCAGGGCCUGCACUUGACUGAGCAGGUCGAUGAGGCCGAGCUUCAGCGCGAGCGGGAAAAGUACCGCGAGCGUCCAGUUCCGUCCAUGAAGCAGGAGGAGCUCAUCGCCAAGGUCAAGGCUGAUGAGGAGGCAUCUGGGAAGAAGAACAUCAGUUUGGUUGUUGUUGGCCAUGUUGACGCCGGUAAAUCCACGCUGAUGGGCCGACUGCUGUAUGACCUCGGAGAGCUGUCAGAGAAGGACAAGGUUGCCAAUGAGCGGGGAAGCUCGCGUGUUGGCAAGUCUAGCUUUGCGUUUGCCUGGGGACUUGAUGCGCUUGGAGAUGAGCGUGCCCGUGGCGUCACCAUUGACAUUGCCACCACACACUUCCAAACGCCUCACCGUAACGUGACCCUGCUCGACGCUCCUGGUCACCGCGACUUCAUCCCUGCCAUGAUCUCCGGUGCAGCCCAGGCUGACGUGGCGCUGAUGGUUGUGGACGCCUCCCCGGGAGAGUUCGAGGCUGGCUUCGACAGAGGUGGCCAGACACGUGAGCACGCGUGGCUUGUCCGCUCGCUUGGUGUGAAGGAGAUUAUCAUUGGCAUCAACAAGAUGGACAUGGUCGACUGGUCGCAGGACCGGUACGACGACAUUGUCGACGCUCUCAAGCCCUUCCUCACGUCUGCAGGCUUUGCCUCGGCCAAGACGGUCUUCCUUCCCCUGGCGGCCAUGGAGGGCAUCAAUGUGGCCGAGCACAAUGUGCCCACUGCAGGCUCGUGGUACAAGGGCCCUGCUCUCGUCGACGCUCUCGACAAGGUGGCGGUGCCGGAGCGUCCUUACUCUGCGCCGCUGCGAAUCCCCUUGUCCAACGUGUUCAAGGGCCAGACGGCUGUCGCUUCUGGUGUGGCUGUACAGGGACGACUUGCUAGUGGUGUUGUGCAGGUCGGUGACAAUGUGCGGGCUGUCCCCGGCGAUGUUGUUGCCAGCAUCCGAACUAUCGAGGUCGACGAGGACACGGCGCCGUACGCCGUUGCGGGCCAGAACGUCACACUAUACCUUGCUGGGGUCGACCCCAAUCAGCUGUCUAUCGGCACCGUGCUGUGCCCGCUCAACUACCCUGCACCCCUCGUGUCCAAGUUUGUGGCGCAGAUCCUGGUCUUCGACCUGCAGAGCCCAAUCAUUGUUGGCACAUCUGUCGAGUUGUUCCACCACUCGAUCAACGUCCCUGCAACGAUCAGCAAGCUGCUGGCGAUUUCUGAGAAGGGCCAGGUGAUCAAGAAGAACCCGCGUGUGCUGCAAAAGGGUGUGACGGCUACUGUGGAGAUCACACUCCGACCUGCGACUGGUAGCUCGCGGCAGGCGGUCAUGCCGCUGGAGACGGCCGCUGAGAACAAGGAGAUGGGCCGUGUCCUCAUCCGUCGUGGGGGUGAGACCAUUGCCGCUGGAAUGGUUACCGAGUUGCUGUAGGCAUAACAAUGUGCAUGAUGCAUGAG